AUGGCCCUGAGGAUUGCACAGGUCAGCAGCCGCGUUACUGUACCCGUCCCGCAUUCCAGCCGUGUCGCCGCCUCCGUCCCCUCCCCCGUGGCAGAAAACAGCAAACUCAAACUCACGCCAGCAGCAGUACUGGGUGCUUCCCGCUCCCGGGGCAACUCCCACGGCGCGGGCAUACCACCGACGACCGGUUCCUUCGCUCACACCACCAUCACCACCCGUCUUCCGGCCAUUUUGGAUUCCAUGAUCCGGGACUUGGAGGAGGAUGUCUCCUUGCGGGCCUCGGAGGACCCACUGGACUGGUCUGGGGUGGCGGCAGCGCAGGCCGCCGCUGCUUUGGCCGAGCUCCGGGGCCUGCGGCUCUCCAUGCCGGCGGACGGCCCCCUGGAGCCGCUUCACGUGGCGGGGGCUUCGGAGGACACGCGGUGUUGGCAGAUGCUCAAAUCGGGCUGCUGCUGCCAGCCUGGUGGCGGGGUGCGGGGUGCAGGGUCGGGGGGUGGGCGGCUGCUGCUGGAGUCCGCCAAUGAGUGCGUGCAGCUGGCGGCAGCUCGCUGGCAGCAGCAGCAGCAGCAUAAGGAAGAGGAGGAGGGCUGCUCUGAGGGGGAGGACGUGAGGGCUUCAGGAGGCAUUUCAAGGGGGCAGUCUGGGCCAGAUGCAGUGCCUAGCGCGGUGGCGUCUGGUACUGGUACUGGUACUGGUAGUACUGGUGUUAGUACUGGUGUUAGUACUGGUGUUAGUACUGGUGUUAGUACUGGUGUUAGUACUGGUGUUAGUACUGGUGUUAGUACUGGUGUUAGUACUGGUGUUAGUACUGGUGUUAGUACUGGUGUUAGUACUGGGGGUGGUGCGGGUCCUCCAGCUCCCACCUGGUUGGCGCUGCCGUGGCUGGUGGUUGAGUGCUACAUGUACGCGGCGAUACAUGCGGCUCUGCAGCGCCAGGCGGUGUUUGCAGGUUACGAUCCUUUCAGUCGCCAGAAGGCCGCCGCCUGGGUCAAGUCCGCCGCUGCCGCAGCCGACAUGGCGGCGGAGGUGGAGCUGUUGCGAUACGGCCUCAUGCAACACGGCGGUGAGGCUCCGCCGCCGCAACCACCGCAGCUGCCGUCGUCGUCGGAAUCCCCGGCAACUGCAACAGCGACCCAGACCGGGGGGACACUUCCACCGCCGGCAGCGGCUGCUCGGGCUGCGGUACUUGCGGGCCUGUCCAUGGCACUGUGGGGCAACAAGGCCGACCUGUCGCUGAUGGUGAAUGCGGCAGGCCUGGACGCGCUGGCGCUGGCGGCGGCGGCAGCACCGCCGCCGCCAUCGGCAUCACUGGACCGGUACGACGACACAUGCACCGCAAUGCCGGCAGCGACGGCUUCACCGCCGCCGCCGCCGCCGCCACCGCCUUCAUCGCGGGUCAUCGUGGACGACACCGCCGCGGUUUGGGAGGUCAUCGAGCGCCUGAUCGCCAGGCGCGCUGCUGCCGCGGGCACUAGCAGUGUCGUCGUCGGCGGCGGUGAUGAUGAUGAUGAUGAUGCUAAUGAGGGUGACGGCGACGGGAUUCGUGUGGAUAUCGUUUUGGACAACAGCGGUCUGGAGUUGUUCGCUGACUUAUGCCUGGCGGACCUCCUGGUGUCAGCAGGUGUAAGGGGGCGGGUGGUUCUCCACGGCAAGCUCAUCCCCUGGUUCGUGUCCGACACGGUCUCUGCUGACCUGGAGGCCCUCCUGAGGAGCUGUGAGGCCGCGGAGCCGCCUUCGGCGAGUGUUUCUUCGGAUGCCUGGCAGGCGGUACGGCGCGCUGCGGCGCGAUGGCGCGGGCAUUUGGCGGCGGGUCGGUGGCGGUGGGAGGCGCACCCGUUUUGGUGCACGCCGGCACCGUUCUGCUGGAUGGCGGCGGCGGCGCCGGACCUGUACGACAGCUUGUCUGGUAGCGACCUGCUGGUGUUCAAAGGCGACCUGAACUACCGGAAACUGACGCACGAUUGCAGGUGGCCGCACACAACACCGCUCCGUGAGGCUCUCCAGGGCUUCCACCCUGCCCCGCUGGUGGCCCUGCGGACUCUCAAGGCGGAUGUUGUGGUGGGUCUCAAGAAGGGACAGAGCGAGCAGCUUAGUGCGGCCGACCCGGACUGGCUGACCAACGGGAAGUGGGGUAUGGUGCAGGCUUCGAUGAGUUUGACUGGAUGACUGUAAGCCUAACGUGUGGGAGCCAUGGACCUAAAACCCAAAGGGUAACCAGGUCAGAACUUAAUUCAGAAUCCAGAAAUGAAUUUUAUAUCAACAUGUUGAUCUUUUCAUUCUGGACACGUGCAAUAUUGUUUCAAUUUUUUUGGAGUUGGAUAGCCUAGGCUUCCAUGGGUUUGACUGGAUGCCGUAAGCCUGACAUGUGGGAGCCAUGCACUGAUAGUCAUAUUGCAGAUAAGAAGCACAUCUUGCUUGACUGUCCGGUGUACGGCGAAGUGACGCUAUGAUGUGGGAACCUGAACAUCUGGCGAAGAUGCUGGGAAGUAUGUGGUCCCACCGCAACUUUGUCGUUCCCUUUGGUCAUUAGUCUCUUUUAUCGCUUGCUUUGUCUGCGAGGUAGGAUGGUGCUUUUAGGCGAUCUGGCAGCCCUUGAGCCCUCGGCUCGUAUUGGGCGUUUUACUGGUACGGGGUAUGCCGAUCAUGUAACACGAACAC